GAUUGGAGAAGAGCUUUCCGCGCUUGCCAAGCCGAAACAAGAGCCUGGCUCCAGCUUGGCAACCUUGGAUUUUUGGGGUCCCACUUUUGGGCACACUUGGCUUUCUGGUGUACGAGGCCAGCUUUGACCUUGAAGGUCUGGGUGGGUUCAGUCAUUCAAGCGUGCCACGUUUUCUCUUUUCAGGUGCCUCGUGUCCACAGGUGGCCACGAGGGGUGCGCCGUGGCUGGCGACGUCAGGUCUCCAGGAAUGUGCUGUCCCGAGAGCAGUACAUGCCGAACGAGCCUGGCAAGUCAUCCGACGAGGUGGCCUAUGAGCAGUUGUGCACUCGCUGGAACCGCGAAGAAGCAGAGGCUGUGCAGCGCUGCAAAAGAACCCUGCAGAGUGACAAGACCACGCGCGAGGACAAAAUCCUGGCCUUGAACGAGCUAGAGUACUGGGCCAUGAGGCGGGGCGGUUACGAUGCAGAAGUCAUCCUGAUUGGCAUGCUAAAGGAAGCAGACAAGGAUGUUGCAGGGCAGGCACACAUCAGUCUGAAAAAGACAUGGGCAGCGCAUUUCAACAUGUGGGUGAACAACGACGUUGACCAUGGUCGACUGCUGAUGAAGCAGAAAAAGCUGGAUGAGGCUUUCAAAAUCUUCGACAAGGUGGCCUACGAAAAUCCUCUUUGGGGGGAGGGAUACCACCUUCGAGCGAAGUGCUACAACGCAAUGAAGGAUGUGCCAAAUACAAUCGCAGAUCUCCGGCGGGCACUCGAGUUCUGUCCCAAUAACUACCUUGUCAUGGUCGAGCUCGGCAUCACUCUUAUGGACAAGAGCCAGGAGUACGAGGAAGCCGCAGACUUGUUCAAGCGCGCCAUCGACCUCUGCCCUAUUCUUCCCGUCGACAUCUUCCUCCGGCAGCUCUUCGAGAAGGUGCCCCAUCUCAAGGAGGAGUGGGAGGCAGAGAAGAAAGCCAACCAGUUCUCGCUUAAUGAGCCCCCGGCGCGGCUGCUGCCCGAGGCUUGGGUGGAGCGCUUCGAGGCCACGGAGCGGCCCAACCAGGCAUUUCUUAGGGUCGGUGCUGAACUGGAGCAGUGGUUUGCCGAGGUUCGGCGGCACAAGGCUGAGCCAUCAAUUCAGCGCAAGCUAUGGAGCGUUCUGGUCAUCAAGUGGGAUCCAGACAAGUGGCCCAAGGAGCUCAAGUCCUUCACCACCCAGGUCCAUGAGGCACUCAAGGCCCGGCGCGAGCGCGAGCUCGCCAAGGCUGUUGCAGAGGAAUCUCUGCUGGAAGUUCUUUGGUCCUUGCAAACUCUUCCCAUUAUUCGUUUUGCCCGGUCGCAGGUGAAGAGUAGUCUCCGCAUCAGCGUGGAAAUCGCAGGUGUUCCAGAUGCUGGUAUCAUGUUCCUUGAUGCCGAGGAGUGGAAGGACCAGGACGAGCUGGAGUUCGAGGAAGCUCAGGACGAGUAUGACGAGGAUGCGGUGGCUUUCCUUCGUCAGCUCCGAACGCAGCGGGCACGGUGA